CGCCUCUGAUGCGAGAGUUCGGUGUGACCGUUGUCGGGCAGAUGACCAUCAUUCCUGCUCGGGAAUUACCUCCGCCGAGCGUGACGUAUCGACAGGGAACACCAAAGGUGGCUAAUGGAGGAUGGAAUAUUCUCAAUGUCAAGUUCCACGCCGGCGGCAAUCUCACGAACUGGAAAGUUCUUGUUGUCCGAGAACAAGGAAGAGGCUUUUCCGGUCCCAAUGACCCUGCCAUGACAGGUCUACUGCAUGCAUUUUCUAACAAAUGCAAGGAUAGUGGAAUGACAGUGCCAACUGGACCGCCUGAAAUUGUUCCUACGCCUGUGUUGCCAUCGAGGUCGGAAGAUCCUGGGAGACAGCGUGCAUUGGGCAUGAUAGAGGAAUCAAUCUUGCAGUUUGGCACCGGGAGAAUCAGUAUCAUCGUGGUUCUCCUUGCGGAGAGGGACGAUUUUAUCUAUCCAGGCAUCAAACGCAUGGCUGCCGUCCGUUUUGGGAUUCAAACUCAAUGCAUGUUGCUCAAGAACGCGCUGAAAGACCCCAGCAAACAAGACCAGUAUCUGUCAAACGUGGCACUCAAGGUCAACACCAAGCUUGGAGGCAUUAAUCAUCGUCUGGAUCCGCGAGCAAUGAGUUGGCUUACGCAGAAGAAGACGAUGAUGGUCGGCAUAGAUGUCACGCAUCCGGGUCCCAGCAGCGCGUCUGGAACGCCGUCUAUUGCCGGCGUCGUAGCUAGCAUAGACAACGAUUUCGUCCAGUUUCCGGCCAGUUUGAGGUUGCAGAAGUCCAAACAGGAGGGUAUCGCAGAGCUGGCGACGAUGAUGAUCGAGCGUCUGCAGCUGUUCCGCAAGCACAGCAAAUCUUUGCCCGAUCGUGUUCUCGUUUUCCGCGAUGGCGUAUCAGAGGGCCAAUUCGACAAAGUGCUCAGAGACGAGCUGCCCCAGAUCAUCGAGGCAUUCAAACGAAUCGACCCAAACAACCCGCGCUAUCGCCCCUCUUUAUCCAUCACCAUUUGCGGGAAACGCCAUCAUGCUCGCUUCCCAGCAACAGAUGUGAGCUCAGCUGACCGCAAUGGGAACACGCGUCCGGGGACGGUCGUUGACAAAGGCAUCACGUCCAUAUUUGACUUCGACUUCUACCUUCAGGCGCACGCGGGUCUGCAAGGAACCGUGCGUCCGACGCAUUACUCCGUCAUAUACGACGAGAACAGGUUGGGCGCGGACGAGAUUCAGCAGGGCGUGCACGCCACGUCGUAUCUCUACGCGCGCGCCACGAAGGCGGUCAGCCUCAUUCCCGCCGCAUAUUAUGCAGACGUGGUAUGCGAGCAGGCGCGGUACUGGAUUCACGGGUUUUUGAACCAGGGCGGCGAUGCGUCUUCCACGGGUGGGGAGAGCUCGGCUGCAACGAGGGGACGAGGCGGUGCUGCUGGUCGCGGCGGGCGAGGCGGGAGCGAGAGGAUGACCCAAGCGAGGGACGCUGCUGAACUUCGCGUGUAUCAGGCUGCCGAGAGGAUGUGGGGCAAUGGCUUGCACAAUAAUCUCAAGGACACCAUGUUUUAUCUGUGAGUUUUUGAUCGUGUGUUGAACCUUGUACAACUGUAGUUUCGUUCUCGCAUUGGUGUCGUCGUUGUCAUGUUUAGUCAGUUCUUUUUGGUUGCUUUCUUGUCUGCAAUGUAAUAUAUCUGUUUCUGAAUUCUGUUGUUGCAUCGACUAAGACGAUACUUUGAGGCAUCGUUCAUCAUACGAUAUCCUGGCAAACUU